UGGCUACCAUGAACAGCCCCCGUCGAGUGGCUGCAAAUGGCCAAAUGAACUCAAAUGAGCCAAGUCCGAUACUGGAGCCUCUGCGGUAUCGGACGAGGAAGUCACUAUACCUUCUUUCUUUCUAUGUUGCUAUUCUGCUCGCUCCCUGGAUCAUGACCUGUGUCAUGAUGGUGCGUCCUCUAGACGCUGCCUCCUAUACUCGCCAGGGCCUUGGUCAGUCGGCAGCCGUGGUUUUGGAUAUUCUCGUCAGCUUUGAAUUGAUCCUCGUGCUUGAAAAGCUACAAGCCGUCCUCGCCAUUCCCAUCGUCUCCGGGUUCCUGGCCCAAGCGGCCGUUGUCUACACGCAGCGACGUUCGCCUAAUCAGAAGCUGUCCCUCCGACAGAUUGUCGCUCUAGCGGAUCGUCCCUGGGCCAAUGUGAGGUCAUGGUUUCGCAGUCUACCACUCGAUGGCCAUGGAUCCUCAUUGGCCAUCUUUGGAGGGCUGUUCGUUCUGCUCGUAGCAAUCACCCCUGCCAUUCAGUCAAUCUUAAUCAAGUAUGAGGAUAUCACCAUCGCCACAUGCUGGGAGAUGCCGGUCUGGACAUGCGAACCAUCGAACAUCGCCACAAUUGUGGGCCUUGACCCGGAACCUGCCGCUCUAGAGUCCAUGCCUCAAAGUCUUGCUGUCCAGCAGGUAGCCAAGAAAACGCAGCUGGUAGGCGAGCUCGACGUGCAACCUUAUUUAUGGCCGGAGCAAUGGACAACGAUCAACGAUGCUGAGGCUAUCGAGAGAGGCACAUUCUUCUGGUAUGACAAAUCAUUCCGUUCGGACCGGUAUUUCGUAUCUGCACUGCAAAAUGGAACCAAUACCGGUGUUUUGCGCCAACAUGCCAUCCGGUUAAACUCAUCGUCCGCCUGCGAAGCGGUGCAUUCAUCUGAGUUCCCGCAGACGUGCUCGGGUGACCGUCCUUUCGUGACUAACCUGACUGCCCCUGAUACACUCGAUAUUCGAAUCUGCGCGCCCGGCGCGUUCGGUCAAACCCCUUGGACUCGGAGUCGGGACCGCCAGGAUAUCUCAGAGGAGCUGUGGAUUGAUGUAGAUUUCACAGUCGAACAACUCAACUUUACGUUGAAAUGUACUACAAACACCACUCGGGGGUACUUCGAAAUCAGCAACUACCAUAAUGGCAACAACCCGGGACCUCUUCUCGAGAAAUGGCCCAGCCAGGAGGUCCUGAAGCACGAUUUCAAUGACUAUCUGGGAGUAGACGACGACUAUGCCAUUCCAUCAGUUGUUGACAACGACACAACAACCCUUGGCCCCACCGGCCUACCCGAUCCCUUCAACUACGAAGACCUCUACGCAGCCGGCCCACUAAUGACGAGUGCGUUGGCUCUAUUCGGCAACCAAAGCUUCCUCAACGCCGCCAGUUACGCCAUCACCACCAACACCACCAGAUCCGCACUAUUCUCCAUCUGCCAAUUCAACGCCUUACCAUUCACCCGACUCUCCCUCACCGGCUUCAGCACCGCCGGCGAUACCUGCGAGGAUCUCCUAUGGGAUAUAGACAGCUCCAGCGACGACUACUGGUACCAAUACCUCAUGAAUACAAUCUACAUCUGGGUCGCCUCGUUCAACGAUACCCAGUCCGCCGCUACAGCACUCGACAUGGCGACUUACUUCGCCAAUGAAGCCGUGCUAACCAGCACAGCAACGCAAGGCUGGUCAUAUAACUCGCGAAGCAUCUACUUUGAUAGUGGGACGGUGCUGGUCAAGCCCAAGUGGAGCUUAGCCGGGGUGAUCGUCAUAUCGGUUCUUAUUGGCUUGCAGAUACUGGGUCUAUGUCUCAUUGUCUUUUACUGCCACUCCGUCCCUACCUGGACGGAUAGUCUCGAUGCGUUUGCGAUGCUGCGCAUGGGUGCGGAAUUACAUUGUGAGAAGCAUGUGCGCUUUGCGGGCAUUAGGGAUACGGAUAAGCGGGAUUGGGAGGACCUUGGUCGUUUUGAUGGGCUUGUGGGCGUUUUACUUGAUGGUAGUGGGAUGGUGCAGGGAGGAGGAGGAGGAGAAGGAGGAGAUGCAGAGCAUAGUAGUAUCAAGGAUAGCUCGCCGUUGGUUCGGAGGGCGGAGGGAGGUCCGAGCACUUCCUCGGGGAUUGAGUUGGCUGAGCUCCCGCCAUAUUCUUCUACGGUCUCGGUUGAUGCUCAUAAUGAUGGAGGGAGUGAGGAGAGAGAUGAAAGGGCAAGGAAAGAAGGGCUAGAGCAACCGUUUCGUCUUGCGGUCGGUGCGCCGGGCUUGAUUACGAAGAGCAUGGCUCCAAGGAGGAAGACACGGGGGCAGAGGAGACAGAGGAAUCCAAGGGAACGGAAGAAUCCAAAUCUUGUGAUCACAGGUGAAACGCAAGUGUGAUGGAAAUGCUGAUUUUCAUAGUAACUUAAUAUAUAUUGGUGAACCAACAGUUUCAUGGUAGAAUAUCUUCAAUUAAUUAGCCGUAUAAUACACAGAAAAUACUAC